CUGAGAGUCUCUCUCUGUGCUGAGUCUCGCUGUAAGAGGCGGGCUGCGGGUCAUGUUGGUGAGCAGUGUUUCUGUAUCUGAGUUGAGAAGUGUGUUCUGAAGUUAACGCGGGUCUCGCGCUCGGUCCGCUCGGUUUGGCGCCGCUGGACGAGCGUUCCCGCCGCGGUCAGUGUGAGGAGAGAGAGGAUGGGCAGCGCGAGCGAGCGGAGAUUAAGGAUGUAAACCACGGGAGAGCCGCCCGGAGAGACCGGACACACACCACACACUCCUCUAAUCCUAUGGCUUGAAGUUUCAGGCGUCUUCUCUGGCAGCAGCUCAUGGAUUUCCUCGUGGAGUAUGCCGACAACGAGACGUACCAUGACAACGGGACGGAGGCCUUCAACAGCACGGGCUGUGAAGCCAAGCACCAGUAUAACUACUACGCCAUGCUCUUGACACUGCUCAUCUUCGUCAUCGUCUUCGGCAACGUGCUGGUGUGCAUGGCCGUCUCCCGGGAGAAGGCCCUGCAGACCACCACUAAUUACUUGAUCGUGAGCCUGGCAGUGGCAGACCUCCUGGUGGCUACGCUAGUUAUGCCCUGGGUAGUGUAUCUGGAGGUUGUGGGAGAGUGGCGGUUCAGUAAAAUCCACUGUGACAUCUUUGUCACUCUGGACGUCAUGAUGUGCACAGCCAGCAUCCUUAAUCUGUGUGCUAUUAGUAUUGACAGGUACACAGCUGUUGCCAUGCCGAUGUUGUACAACACGCGGUACAGCUCGAAGCGGCGCGUCACAGUAAUGAUCUCAGUGGUUUGGGUUCUCUCCUUCGCCAUCUCCUGCCCCCUGUUGUUUGGCCUAAACAACACAGCAACCCGCGAUGAUUCCGUGUGCGAGAUCGCCAACCCGGCCUUCGUGGUCUACUCCUCCAUCAUGUCUUUCUACGUGCCCUUCAUCAUCACGCUCCUCGUCUACGUGCAGAUCUACGUGGUGCUGAGGAAGCGGCGGAAACGAGUCAACACCAAGCGCAAUUGUCAGAAGGCUGACGCCGAGCCCCAGCCUCCACUCAAGGAAAAGUGCACGCACCCGGAGGACGUGAAACUCUGCACAGUUAUUGUCAAAACCAAUGGAAGUUUGCCUGCGAAAAACAAAAAAGCACAGUUGCUGAUAAAGGAGGUGGUGCAGCCGGGCACUGGUGUAGAAAUGGGGUUGAUGACCAGUACAAGUCCUCCAGAGAAGAUGAAGCUGGCAGCCCCCCCAGCAGUAAACCUUCUGGCCACCCAGAGCCCCAGCCAUGCCUCCCCUUCGCACGAGGAGUGGCAGCCCCACGACGACGAGAAAAACGGCCACGCCAAGGACGCCCAGACCCCCAAAGAGACGAAGUCCUUCGAAACGCAGGCCUUACCCAACGGCAAAACCCGCACCACUGUCACCAAGACCAUGAGCAAGAGGAAGAUGUCACAGCACAAAGAGAAGAAAGCCACACAGAUGUUAGCCAUCGUUUUAGGUGUUUUCAUUAUAUGCUGGCUGCCCUUCUUCAUCACUCACAUCUUGAAGACUCACUGCACAAGCUGCUACGUGCCUCUGGAAAUGUACAACGCCUUCACGUGGCUGGGCUACGUGAACAGCGCCGUGAACCCCAUCAUUUACACCACCUUCAACGUGGAGUUCCGCAAGGCGUUCAUGAAGAUCCUGCACUGCUGACUGCAGCUGCAUGUGUGUGUGACUGUCUGUGUGUGUGUGAUUGAGUGUGUGUGUGUCUGUGGGUUUUCAUAAAGAGGUUAGUGCCAUCUUUCACUCGGGAUGAAGGGAAGGAUGUUUUUCUAAAAAUGAAAAAAAGGAACAGACUCUUAAUUCACACAGUAGACACUGUGGAUUUUUUGGCUUGAUUCAAACGAAUGUAAAUGUGGAGGUUUAUUUGCAGGUUUCCGAAAGAUGCUGCUGGCAAACUGAGUGAGUGUGUGUGUGUGUGAGUGUGUGUGUAUGUGUGUGAUGGACUACAGAUCACACAAUGCAGAGGAAGUGCAGCAAAGGAUGCUUCGCCACCACUUAAAAGAAGAAAAAGAAGAAGAAGAUAUUUCAGAUAUUUCUUAUUGUCAAUAUGUGUAGAUGUGGGUUUGGAUGACUCGGUCACAGAUGAAUGCUAUUUUGAUAAAGGAGUUCCUAAUGUUAUGGUGAUAAAUAUUGUAUGAGUUUAAAGGGCACAGUCAGGUUUCAUCAAACAAAGCCUGAACUUAAAAAGACUGCUAAGUUCUUUUUAUUUAGAACAUGUUGAACUUAGGUGGUUUUUUUGCAUCAAGCUCUCACGAAAGAAACAUAAAAGAACCAGUAUGAACAGGUCUUUCCUCUCUCUCUAUAUCUCUAUCUAUAUAUAGAUUUCUUUAUUUCUUUAUUUAUGUAUUUAUUUGAUUAUCAGUUUAUUUAUAAGUAAAUACAGGGGUUGGACAGUGAAACUGAAACACCUGUCAUUUUAGUGUGGGAGGAUAAAUCAUGGCUAUCAUGAACCAAUAAAGGUUCAGUUAGCAGGGUAAGAGCACAGUUUUGCUCAAAAUAUUGCAGUGCACACAGCAUAUGGGUGACAUACCAGAGUUCAAAAGAGGACAAAUUGUUGGUGCAAGAGCCACGGUAUCCAGGGUAAUGUCAGCAUACCACCAAUAAGGACCAACCACAUCCAACAGGAUUAACUGUGGACGCAAGAGGAAGCUGUCUGAAAGGGAUGUUCGGGUGCUAACCCGGAUUGUAUCCAAAAAAACAUAAAACCACGGCUGCCCAAAUCAUGACUGAAUUCAAUGCGCAUCUCAACUCUCCUGUUUCCACCAGAACUGUCCGUCGGGAUUAUUAAUUAUUGUGGUCUAAAACCAGGUGUUUCAGUUUCAUUGUCCAACCCUGUAUAUGUGACUACAAAAAAGAGCUGUAAAAAAGAGGAUGGCCAAACAAAGCCAUAGCAAAGGUCUCACAAACGCACACACACACACCCACACACAAACACACAGAAACACACAGAAAUGAAUGCCUUUGACUUACCGACCAUGAAGGACAGUAAAAUGUAAAUAGUGCAAUUUUAUUGAAGCCCAUGACAAAAAUGACCAUGCAUGUCACACUGAAACUUCACUACAUUAUUAUACACUAUAGGUCUGCUGUAUUUCAGCUAUACAAUACAGACUUAUCUACUCUGUGUAAAGGUGUAUCUACAUUUUUUCUACACUGCGUUUUCUGUUAUGCGCAUUUAAAAAGCUCAUUGACUCAUUGGUGUUUAAAUGCUUGUAUUGGAAUGAUCCACUGGAGGGAUUAUUUUGUGUUGUGGGAACCUGUGAGAAUGUUUCUCAUUUUUGUGUGCAUGAAGUUUUAAAGAAAAAAAAAAAACAAAGUUAAAAGGUACCUUCUUGAAGUUUAUGAUUCAUCCAUUGCUUCUUCAGAUCAUUAUAUAUAUAUAUGACUUAUUAAUUUGCCAAAUGUCUGAAAAGAAAACAGAGGCCUUUUUGUUCAUCAAACAAAAAAAAUGCAGCUGCAUAAUGCAGUGUUCAAUAAUGAUUUAAAAUGCCCAUUGAUAUUUUCUUAAACACUGCUAAUCGUACUCAUGAAAAGACCAACAAAAAUGAAUUCAUUUGAAAACAUGUUUAUUAAUUCAGCACGGGUCAAAGCGUAAGAUAUACAUAUUUUGGACUGAUUAUUGGUUGUAUGUAUUUGUCAUUGUUUAUUAAUAGACGAUGCAUCAGUUACGGAUGUCCCGAUUCAGUGUUUUUGCUCCUAAUCCAGGCUGAGUAAAUUAAUGCUGACUGUCAGUGUAAAUCUAUCAAUCCAAUCUCCAAAACAAACAUUUAUGAUACGGUACAUUCUAGUAUACACACUCUGCGCCGUAUCUUACACCCUGUGCGAGGCGCUUCACAAUGCUCCAGCUAACUAUUUUCAUGUUUUCAUUUUUACUGCGCCUGCGUCGUUUAAAUAGCAAAGUCACUUAUGAAUAUAUAUACAGUGAUAGGCAGUCUGUUGAUCUGGAAGCGAGGUGUGUUUAGGUAAAUUUCUGGUGUAUUGAUAUCUUGGAGGCAGAAGAAACAGGUGUGCCACUGGCUGAUUAAAACCCUGACAACAGUCAAAUGUUCAUUGCUGCUCGUUUCAUACACAAGGACAUCCAGCAUUGCACAAACCCAACGUUUACAUCUACAACAAAAAUAAUACAAAAUAAAAAAAACAUUGCUGGACCUUCACAGCAAAAACGUGCAGGUCAGUUCCUCUGCUGAGAAGUGCAGAAACGAUGUGCCAUAAAAAUACCAAUACGCCAAAAUCAGAGCUCACCUGACUCAUAUGCCUUUUGCACAAGGCAUACUUCUCCACACUGACACCCUAAAUCAAGCUGCAUGGUGCGCAAUUGACAGCUUACCUAUAGAUCACUAAAAUAGGGCCCUCUGUAUCAACAUAUCUGUUGGAUUUUGUGGACUAGGCACUGGCAGAGCUAAACAUAAUCACAAGACUUCCAUGUCAAAAACUGACAACAGAAGACAAACCGCUUUGCAAAACGCAUGGUAGAUUGGAAUAAUAUACAGCUCUGGAAAAAAAUAAGAGACCACUUAGAAAUGAUGAGUUUCUUUGAUUUUGCCAAAUUGAAAAUCAAAGAGGAAGAUGGAUGAUCACAAUCCAUCAAACCAAGCUCAACUGCUUGAAUUCUUGCACUAGGAGUAGCAUAAAGUUAUCCAAAAGCAGCGUGUAAGACUGGUGGAGGAGAACAUGCCAAGAUGCAUAAAAACUGUGAUUAAAAACCAGGGUUAUUCCACCAAAUAGUGAUUUCUGAACAUUAUGAAUAUGAACUUGUUUUCUUUGCAUUAUUUUAGGUCUAAAAGCUCUGCAUCUUUUUUUAUAUUUAUUUCAGCCAUUUCUCAUUUUCUGCAAAUAAAUGCGUUAAAUGACAAUAUUUUUAUUUGGAAUUUGAGAGGAAUGUUGUCUGUAGUUUAUAGAAUAAAUAACAUCAUUUUACCAAACAUGUAUCUAUAAAUAGCAAAACCAGAAAAACUGAUUCAGAAACUGAAGUGUUUUUUUCUAGAGCUGUAUAACAUUUACUGUACUUACCUCUGUGUGGCUGUAACAACCAAAUAUACACAUUUAACUAAAUUUGAUUGUACAUUGUACUCCCAUUGUUCCCUCCUGAGCUUUAGAGAGAUAAUGAUGUCAGACCUGGUCAAUGAACAACAUGGAGCAAAUAAACAGUGGUGUAAUCCACUACUGUGUAUGGCCACAGAAAAGUAUUUGAUUGUGAAUGCAUUUUCGAACAAUUGCAGUGAUCGUCUUUAAGCAACAAUAUGUAAUCUUCAUUAAACGAUUAUGCACUGACUGUGUGCGCCGCGUGGCCUGUGCACGGCCUGUGCAUUCAGAGAUAAGGCACUAAGAUGAGACUAGACGUGUCUAGACUUUAAUCUUUAGGUCAGGAUUAUAGAAAGGCUUUCCAUUUGGAUGGAGAAAAAUAAUUACAGUGGUCUGAAGCCGCAGUCAGACUGGGCAGGAAUAACAUUUGUCAGGUGAAAAAAGCCUGCCAAUUUCCACUGAAUAGAAAAGGACACAGAAACAGGGAACUGCUUUACAGUAGCAGUCGGUUUCACUUUGCGUCCAGUUAAUCUUUAACCUGCAAAUUCACAAACCAACAAAGUGUGAAGUGUGCACUAAUAGAAAGCAAGGACAG